UUGCCUUCCUCGCUGCAGGUUCCAACAUGGCAGACUCUGUGAGGGAGCAGAAGUUAGUCGCUGCCAGAAGGAAGCUGCGACAGUUUCAAAAGAAGAAAGGAACCAAGAGCAGCAGCGUCAGCCAUCAUGAAGGAUUCCCUAAAUGUGAGAUACGUGCUUAUGAAGAUGAAGCUCCGUUAUCUGAAGCUGGGACCCUUUCUUCGUUUGCUUCUUCUGUUGACCUUGCAUCAGAGGAGAUGACAGACAUGAUAGAUGAAGCUGCCAUCCAAGUAAACACUGAAGUACUGAGACAUGAAAAUGCUGUUCUUCCCAAUUGUUCCCAAUCUGAUAGACAAGAGACAGCAUCCUUACAAGGCGUCCAGACCUCACAUUCAACAUUACCAGCUAGCGAUAGCCAAACACACACAACAUGUUCACAAAUGGACCAGCCUUGUGAUGUUGUUCUUCACAACAACCCAGCACCAGGAACCAUACAAGUUAAUCAGGAACACACAACCCCAGAAUUGAAUGAAAAGCUCCUGUCUCCUGUUGCACCUCCGUCUGAGGGGCCUCCCAUCUCUGAGAGUCCUGUGUGUGGGUUCAAUCAGACACUUGGUGAGGAUUCUCCAGACCUCAGUGUGGGGGGAAACAUUCACACUGGACAUGAGCAGUUGGCAGGACCAUUGUUCAACACCUUACAAAUGGAUUCAGAGGCCCAGGAAUCUCAUAUUUCCCAGGAAAUGCUUGAGAGAGAAGGCUCAGUCAGUUCAGAGACCACUGCCAGUGUGAUGACAGCAAUACAUGUGCCUGGUAAGGAGGGCAAAGACCAUCAGCCCAUCCUCAAGUCAUCUUCGGAAAGCUUACGGCAAAUUUCCCUGCAGCUCAGUGGUCUAAUGUUGGGAAAUGAAGGCACUGAGGGAGUGCCAGACGCAGCAGUGAGUGAGCUGGAGAGGCGCAAUGCAGAACUGGCGGCACUGUUGCAGCAGGAGAGGGAAGCAUCACAAAAACAAACACAGCUCAGCAACCAUCUGAAAAGUCAGCUGGAGAAAGUAGAGGCAGAGCUUGCUGCAGCACGAGGAGUUUUGAGUUCUGCGCCAAAGGGUGGAGGAGCCUGGGAAGUGGAAAGCCUGAGGGAGCAGCUGCAGGUACACAUCCAGACAAUUGGCAUCUUGGUGGCUGAGAAAUCUGAGCUGGAGUCCAAGUUAACACAAACUGAUCAUGUCCGGAAGAGGAAAGCAGAGGAGGUGAAUGAGCUGGAGGGGAGACUGAGUGCUUCCCGGCAGCGUGUGAGGGAAGUAGAAGCAAAGCUGGCAGAGGUAACUAGUGACAGAAACAACACCACUGGACUCUUGGAAACUCACCAAAGAGAAUUAGAGGCAAGCAAAGCAACCAACUUAAAGACCAAUAAGUUGUGUGAUGAGCUGAGAGCAACUGUUGCUGAAUUAACGGAACGGCUGAGUGUGAAGACGCAAGAUUUUGAUAAGUUGUUAACCCAACUCUCUAACACUAAGAGUCAGCUGGCCAUGGCAAACCUUCACAACCAGCAGCUGCGUGACAAUGUGGGAGAGUCCCAGCUGGAGAAAGUGUUAGCAGAACACAGAGAGACUCAAAAACAGCUGGAAGCAUCACAGACAGAACUUGCCAAGGCCACCACUGAAAACUCCCAAAUGGCAGCGCACUACCAACAUUACACGGCUGAGCUGGCAACACAAACACAAGCUCUCCAGGAACAGAUUGCACAGUUAACAUUAGAAAAGGGAGAGCUGACAACAUCCCUUCAAGAUAUGGAAUCCAAGUUGAAAGUAGCCCAGCAGACUAAUGCAUCUGAGGGGGAAGAGCCUGGCCAGUGGAAGGCUGAGAAAGAGCAUCUCUCGUAUGUCAUCACCUCUCUGCAGGAGGAGAUGCUGCAGCUAAAGGAAAACAACGCUGCUCUGAAAAAUGACAACAGUCAGUUAUCAAAAUUGGUGGACCAGCUGUCUCACAAUGUGGAAGGACUAGAGAUGGAGGUGGAGCGCAGCAAGACUAAGGAGGUGGACACGUCACAGCUGCUGGAGGCCAUGCAGAGUGACAAAGUUGCAGCAGCGAGAGCACUCACACAAAACAAACAGCUGAAGGAACAGCUGGAGGAACUUCAGAGUGGCUUCAUCAUUAUGAGCAAUAAGAAAUUAGAAUUGACUGAGAAACUAGAAAAGGAACUGCAUUUGAAGAAGCACAAGAACCAAGAAAUUACAUCAUUGAAUGAAAUGAUCACAAAUCUAAAGCAAGAAGCGCUGCAGAAGGAACGUGAGAUCGCUGUGUUGCGGGAGAAGACCGAGUCUCUUAGUGGUCAAUUGGUGACAGCCCACAGCCACAGCCACCUUGAAGAGAAUGGCCUGGCCCAUGACCACCUUGCUCAAGAAAAUAUCACAUUGACAGAGCAAAUUAAAGAACUAGAAGAUAAACUCAAACUUUCAAAGGUUGAAAUUGAAGACCUCACAAGACAGAAUAGUGAACUGCAUACACUCAUCACAGAGUAUAAAGUUAAUCCUUCAGAGGAGAAAGACCAGAAUGACACUUCGCCUUGUGAGAAUUCAGAUGAUGAAGGUGCAGCUACCAAGGGGAAGCUGCUGGGCAAAGUUGCUACGCUGACAUCUGAGGUUAGCAGGUUGGAGAGUGAGUGCAGCAGUCUUCAGAUUCAGCUAGACUGUGAGAGGGAUAAGUAUAACAAACUACUGGGAGAAUCUCUGGCUCAUGAAAACUCACCUGAAGAUGUUAUCACUGAACCAAAAGGAGAAACAAGAUUGGGAGAAAGUGAGCUUGAACAGAAGCUGCAACAUCUGCAGGAGGCUCACAGUGUGCUGGAGAGCAGGUUCACCCGCAGCAUGAAGGAGGUGGCCGAGCUGAGUGAUGAGAAGCAGCAGCUGGAGCAUGUCGUGGCACAACUGCAAUUGGAGACAGAGUCUAUAGGUGACUACAUCACCAUCUACCAGUUCCAGAGAGGAGUGAUGAAGCAGCAAGCUCGAGAACGCGAGUUAGAGCUUGCCAGUCUCCAUCAUGAACGAGAGGAAAUGAAACAAAAGAUAACUACUCUGCAGGAUUUGAUAUCAAAGCUGGUGCAGGAAAAGGAAGCAUAUCAUGACCUUGAACAGCUUGAGAAGAUAAGCAGUGUCCUUAAGAGUCCAGUUGCCAUCACAAAUGGUGUGGGAACCAGUGAUUCUGAGCCAUCGGGCAACAAUGGAGAGAUGGGUGACAACCACCUCAAACACUCUGGAGAGGAGGAGCAACACCAAGAAACAGAAAAUUGUGUCCAUAAUUCUUUGCCUGAAGAGGGAAUUGAUGCUGUAUCGACCCUUGACACUGACGUCCCUCAUGAGGCGAAUGUGAAUCCUACUGAACAUACACAUAGAAAGACCAAAACCAUUACUGCUGCCACUAUCACCACCACCACCACUACCACUGCUGCUGCUGCUGCUGCUACCAAAAGCCCAACUGUGCAGAGAAUCCUGGACCUCCUCAAUGAAAUGGAGUCCACCAGUCAGCUGGAGCACUCAGGCCUCCAAAAGUUUCAUCCAUGUCCACUGUGUUCCGGCAAACUUAUCACCGUAUAAGGUACAAGUAUCAUUGUAGGGUUGCUGUCUACUGAUUUGUACUUAAAGGUGUUAUGUCACAGCAUAUCUCUCUUUUUUAUACUCUCUCUCUCUCUCUCUCUCUCUCUCUCUCUCUCUCUCUCUCUCUCUCUCUCUCUCUCUCUCUCUCUCUCUCUCUCUCUCUCUCUCUCUCUCUCUCUCUCUCUCUCUCUCUCUCUCUCUCUCUCUCUCUCUCCAGUGUUACAUAGUGUUACAUAUUUCAUUCUUGCCUUCUUCCUCACAUUGUUUCUUCAUCUACUUUACGAGUGAAGUAGUUUUAUUAUCUUAGUGCAUGUCCUAUCCAUUCUGAAACUGUUGUUCACCAAUCACCUGAAAUGUAUCUUUUGAUAAUCAUUAACUUGUUUCAGUUGUACAGCCACUCUGAGGAAGGGCAUAAUAUAUUUCACCUGUCAUCUUUGUCGUACAAUCGUGCAUAUGACAAAAUGUGGUCCCUAAAACUUUUCUUAUUUUCUCCUCUCAUUGACCUGUCUAUCAUCUAAUUGAGAUGCCACAUAAUGUUUAACACUUACAGUAUUGCACUUAUUUAUUAAUAUUAUUCAGUUUAUCCACAUAGAAGUUAAAACGUACAGUGGAACCUCAGUUGCCAGCGUCUAGUUUUUCGUACAAAUCAGUUGCUGAACAAAGUUUUUAGCUCUAAAUUGGUUCAUAUGUAGUACUAUAACUCUGUUGACAAACAAUCCAUGGAAAAUAGAUUAAUCCGUUUAUUUGGACCCCUGGCCUGUGUUUGAAAGAGCAACUCUGCACGCACCCACAGUCCCUGCAGCACAUAUCCUGUAUCAAACACUUUUGUGUGCCUCUCAGCUGGAAUGCCUAAACGGCAUCUAACUGACAGUAAGAUGGAAUGCGCUGAUCUUCCUGAUGAAGUUUAUCAUGCAUCACUAGCUGUCUUGGAAUAGGUGAGGUACCUCUGUGUCGUGAUCGGCUGUCAUGACAAAUAUGGCUUCCCAAACAAGCAUCUUGCGGAAUCUUGUGAUUUUCAAGACUUGCCAUACCAGCAAAGCAUUUUGGAAAUAAUACUACCGUUCAUCCAACAUGGGUAAAAACAGAAAAUAAGAACAUUUUAUAAAUGUGCCCUUCAGGAAUGGAUUAAGUUCAGCAACUGAUAUUCCAGUGUAUGCAUUGUGAGUUUAUCUCUCAUUCUAUAAUGAACACCUCUUCCUAAAGAAGACCCAUGGAAUGGUCUUGCUGAGUGGCUAGGCUUCUCCAAAAAGUGAAUGUUGGUGUUCUCUACCAUGCCGUAUGUCCUUUUCCCAUUCUCUCUCUAUUCUCUAUAUUGUAUUGUACUAAAAGAUGGUGCUGGGAUGGGAUCUACUCCCCAUUGUCCAUUUUUCCUAUUCCCUAAAGUGAUGAAGUGUGACACUGGGGAACAAUGAUUUGCUCCUUGGAGAUGGUUGGGUUGGUGUGGACGACUGGGGCAGGGUAUGCUGUGUUUGUAUUGUCAUGGCUCGUCUCACACAGUAGUGGAGCACCUGUGAGGAGUGCUGACCCAAGCUGUCCAAGUCUUAUCCAGUAUGACUUAAAGUUUAAAAAUGGUUUAAUUCAUCAUUUUUUAUUUUGUUUGCUCCAUUUUAUUAAUUAUGUGAUGUAUUUGAAUAGAGAAGGAUGUAAUGUGCAAUUCUGUAUCCCAGCCAGCAUGACCAGAUUCAUUGCACAUAAUGAUCUCUACUUUGUCAGUAAUUCAGUGAUAUUGAAUAUUGGAUUUUGCUCAGCACUGCAUAGGAACCCUUGAUCAUAAUCAAAAUUCUGGAAGCAUAUGAAGUCAUGUUGUUACAUUCCAUAUGAGAUAGACAGGCAAUAUGCUUUGUCUGACUGACUGAUACCUGUACUCUGCAUUUAUGACCCCAGCUAGUUCAUCCGUCACUUUUUUUAUUAAUAUCUCAAUACCAAAUGUUCUAGUUGUUUUAAGAGGUCUGAAGAUUUUUGACUAGUACUUGUUUUUUAUGAAAUUACUUAAAGGGUUUUCAUAUUUAGCCCUUUGAAAUAUCCAAGAAAAUCUUGUUCUCCUCAUGCAGGUUUUUUCCUCACAUCAACGCUUGGCAACUGUAUCUGAUGUGGUUACUUAAGGGGGUAUCACACUGGCCUAUGAUAUGCAGAACGCGGGCCAUGGUUCUUGGUACAAAACCAGGAACAUUAUCACACACAAGCUGCCCGUGUUCUUGCUAUGCUAGGCAAACAGCCCAGCAACCAAGACCAAGCCUAAUCAAAAUAAAACAGAACAAAACCAUGCCACUUAUAUCUCAGCCUUUGCUUCGUUCUGGAAUUGCAUUUGCACUUCCUCUUAUUGAAGAAUAGUAAGUAAAAGAAACUAGAGGAAAACCGAGACGUGCGCGACAGCAACUUUGGAGUCAGAGGUGGUUGCCACGAGCCCAAACUACCGACAGAUAUAUAUAUAUUUUAUCUUUCUAAAUUGAUGAAAUAUUAUUUAAUAUUCCAAUAUGAAAAAUUAGGCAUGUUCUUUUUAGUUUAAAUAAAAGGUUUUUAUUACAUAUAUAUGUUUAUUUUAUUAUUGGGAUGGCAUACAGAGAACCGGGAUAGAUUUGAAGCCAACCCAACUUUGCUCUGUUAAUCCCGGGCAAGUUCCAGCUAUCUGGAGUGGAUGUUUUUCGUUCCGCGAAUCAUAGGCCAGUGUGAUAGCCCUUUAAUGGUGUUGGUCUUGCAUGAGAGACAUUUAGAGUGACAUUACAUCAAUGACCCUUCAGCCACACCUGCUGGCCUCAUGUACCACACACUUUUGCCUCAACUUGUGGAUGUGAGGAGAGGAACAGCAUUUGCCAACCAGAGCUGCAUUGAUCACCUCAUUUCGGUUCUUUUGAAAUGAUGUAAGCUGUGGGAGUAAUGGGAGACCUUCAGCGUUUCUUGUUUUUGUCUUUGUUUGAUGAUUUAGACAACUUUUUUUUUUACAAUUUGCCCCUUUGGGGUAAAUGUAGCAAUUGUCCAUUGCCUUUGUCACCUUCUCAGCAGUGGCAAAUUGUCUUUCUUGCCAUAGCUUUCCUCUGGCUCCGCUGUUAGUUUCAUCAAAAAUCUUAUCUUCUUAAUUCUACAUUCAAUUUUCUUUCCUUGAGGUUGUGGAACAUGGAGGAAUGUGAGUAGAUGAUUUGUCUUUCACCAAGGGUUGAGUUUCUCCUUAUGCCUUCAACAGCCUCUUCCCUUUGCUCCUCUCCAAACUGAGGUCCCCAUUCAGUCACCUUUAGAGAUCUCAACUAAGUCAUCUUCAAUUACUUCAGUGUUAGGAGAGCUAAGACUCAAGUGGAUUAUGGUCAGCCAACACCCACUUGGUCUUGGCUGUUCCAACACUACUCUGUAUGGUUUUAUAUAUUUGAAACAUUAUUCAUGCAAUUUAGAAUUAUAUUGUAUAUUAGAAAAUGUUAUUAAAGGUGUGUGUGUGUGUGUGUGUGUGUGUGUGUGUGUGUGUGUGUGUGUGUGUGUGUGUGUGUGUGUGUGUGUGUGUGUGUGUUUUGAAUAUUUACAUUAUUGUGCAUUUGAUCUUAUGAGAUAGUCCCAGGUGCUUGAAGUUUUCUGGUUUUAUGAUUUAUAAAGAUUGCUAUUUUUAAUAAAGUUAUUGACAUUGUUA